AUGUCUAAAAAAUUAGCGUGUAAAUUCGACAAGGGUAUGUUGUUAUUGAUGUUGAUAUUUUCGUCUAGGAAUAAUGUCAGACAGCACUGUGCAGAACAGCAGAAUUGAGUUCAGCGGAUUGUCAGAUGUCAAUGUCUCACAACCUUCGUCUUCUCAACGUCAAAGUCGACGGGAAUCAGAUGGUAUGUUUUUUUCAUGUCGUAGAAUGUCGGCUAAGAAGGUUAAUGUUGUACUUUUCACAUCAAAUGUUUAGAUUCCGAAAUAUGCGAAUUGAAGCAUGGCGCAAGUCAAGUAAUAGAUCUGUUUAUUCCUGUAUCGUUAUGCAUGCUGGCGGUUAUAUUGUCAAUGAGAUCCAUUGGCUAUUUCAGUCGUUCUGAUGGUGUGUAUAUGUAAGUGUAAAAAAAAAUAAUUAUUCGUAUUUUAGGAUUUACACGCCGUUUACAAAACCUACUGAAAGUGCGGGUGAAUUGUUUAUUAUGUCAAUCGGAAAUGCCUUAACCUUACUGUGUGUGGUUAUUGUUAUGACUGUUGGACUCUAUCUUUUAUACAAAUUCAGAUAUUAUAAAGUCGGUACCAAAUUAAAUAAUGAGGAUAAAUAUUUAGGUAAUUCAUGGAUGGCUAUGUCUCAGUACUGUGAUGUUACUCGGGUUUUUCUCAGCAAUGUAUUUUGAGUAAGUUUUCCCAAUUAUAAUCCUUUUAUCCUACUGCCUAAAUUUUCAGAGAACUCUUGAAAAACUUUAACGUGGCCAUAGAUUAUUUUACUUUCAUAUUUAUUGUUUGGAAUUUUGCUGUCAUGGGGAUUAUAUGUGUCCAUUGGAAAGGUCCUUUUAGGCUUCAACAGGUAAAUCGAUUUUGAUCAUGAUAUUAUCAAACUAUUUUUUUCUGGUCUAAAAAUGCUUAUCUUUAGGGAUACCUGAUAAUCAUGUCUGCGUUGAUGGCAUUGGUGUUUAUUAAGCAUCUUCCUGAAUGGUCUGUUUGGACAGUUCUCGCGGCCUUGGCCAUCUGGGAUCUUGUGGCUGUCCUUUGUCCCCUCGGUCCCCUCAGGGCAUUAGUGGAAACAGCCCAGGAACGGAAUGAACCAAUCUUUCCGGCAUUGAUAUAUUCGUGUAUGUUUCCUUUGGAUGUAUAGUCAAUAUUAUUUAGCCACUGUGAUGUACUCUGCCGUCAUCCCAGUGUCCACUUUCUUCAUGGGAUUGGAAUCAGAAGAAGACAAUGGUAACAAUGUAGUAGAGGUCCCGCAGAAUAUCCAACCGUUGUCAGACCGAGGACAAAGGGUUGCUCCGUUGAGAGGACGUCCUCAGAAUCAAGAACAAAUACCUCAGAUUCAGAUUGAUGGACCUUCGAACAACUCGCAGGCCAAUACUAGUCAUCAUCACCAUGUUCAUCAUGAAGACGAGGAGAAAGGAAUCAAACUUGGAUUAGGAGAUUUCAUUUUCUACAGUGUUUUGGUAGGUAAAGCUUGUAGUUAUGGAGAUUGGAACACUACAAUUGCCUGUUAUAUCUCGAUUCUCCUCGGCUUAUCCUUCACUUUGAUGUUGUUGGCAAUAUUCCGGAAGGCCUUACCUGCUCUUCCAAUUUCCAUUUUUGCUGGAAUUGUAUUUUAUUUUGCGAGUUUUGGUAUUAUCACUCCCUUUGUGACAGAGAUAUCUAUACGGCAAUGUCUAGUUUAAGGUCUUUGAUGUUUUCAUUGCCUAUGUUUUAUCCAAGUAUUUAUUUCCAGAGUGUCGGAUCUCUUUCCUCAUAUCUUCGUUCUGUUGGUUCUCCACUUUCUGAGCUUUGUAUUUAUAUUUAUUGCAAUUUUUUUGGGAUUACUGUAAAGUAUUGA